UAAGGUAGACAGCAUAAAGCAGUUAAUACAGGGCGUCCGCCUCGUACAUAUAUCUCGCCCUCCGUCCGACUGGAGAGCCUGUUCUCUUUUAUCCACGGUUGUUGGCGUCAGCGUUCCUGAGUCGCCAAUCAAAGCGCCCAGUUGAAACGGAGUCGAAACGCAAGCAAGCAAUACCAACAACCAGCUAUGUCAGGCAGCAUCCCAUGCCCUCCGUCGGAUCGACCAGAAUCUCGGACUACUUCAAAGCGCCCGUACCCUCCUCGGAUAUCUUCCAGUGCCCAUACAUCUUCACAGUAUGAGUUGGAUCAAAGCAUGAGGUUGUUGAUGGCCGAGAAGGCGCGUUCUCAUGUCAGUGGUUCGAUGAGGAGGGAUGCAGCGCCGGCAGGACAUCCGGACCGUUCAAUACCGCCCAAAUACAGUUACGAUACCACGGGACCUAUGUCCGGGGCAACGAAUAUCGAAUACUGGCCGACUAGCGAAAGCCCCGCUUCGUCCAGCUCCCACUCUUUUCCUCGCAAACAAUCAGAACAUUCCCUUCCGCGCACACAUGGACUCCCAACACAAGCUCCCCCUCAACUACGAAGCAAACCCUCUCGAGAGAACAGUAUCACCGCCGGAAGAGAGCGCUCUCGGCCGAGGGCUCCGGAACGAAGCUAUUCCGACAAGCCGCAGCAUUCCGGUUCCUUGUCACCACCUACCGCGUCCCGAGAAAAAGGCGGAUAUCCGUCAAUAGAGGCCACUUUACACCGUUCGACAACAUCCAACGCAGCGUCCGGUCGCACCGAGUCCUCUCUAUCUAAGCCACCACCGCCCUCACUCGCAUCCGGCGCCCGCUCGCGCUCGCGCUCGCUAAAGGGACAGCAGAUACCCGACCCUCGAACAGCGGGGAUUGACGGCGAUAGUGGUCAGAGGCCAUCGAACGCAACCCCAAAAGCAAAAAAGGCCCCGGAAAAGAAGGUGCUGGAGACGGUACUUGGAAUUUAUCCAGCCGAGAAUAAGCUGCCACCGGGAAGAAGUGCUGCCGACGAAUUCGUGGCCAGCAUUGCGAGAAGGUUCGGAAGGAAGAAUGGUGCUUCGCAGGAGGACGGGACUUCCGAUUCCAAAAGCACCGUGCAAACGGGUGGUUACUACCAGCCGUGGUCUCCUGACUCGGUGGCCACGGGCCCGCCUGUCACCGGGGGUGCCUUUGUUGCCGAACUUCCUGGAAGUGAAAUUUCGCCCCCUGUCGCUAGGUCAUCAUCGCGAGGUGCCGUGAGCAAUUAUCGUCGCAAGGAUGAAUCGCUUUCACGAACAGUGCAGGACGGAUCACGAUCCCAGAGCGUUCCAAGAACGGUCACUCACCUACCGACUGGACCACGAACCGAGAACACCUACGCAAACCUGGCCCCACUGAUAGUGCCUUCUGCCGCCGGUAGAAGUCGAUAUACUGAGAAGCAAGGCCUGGGCCGGCCGACAACUGCAGAUACCGACUACGACAUUGACAUUGCCGAGUGGGCGGAAUCAUUUUAUUCGGGGUCGCCACACUCUGAAAAUCCCAGUCCGCUUAUCCAAGCACCCAAGCCCGAGAUUGACCAGUUGCAGCGAGCCUCUGUAUUGAACCCCGAGGGUGCAGUUUAUGGAGAAGCCUUGUCCCUGCAGCACAGCCACUCCUCAUCCUCCUCCAGGUCCCACUCCCGGCCACACUCGAGAUCGUCUUCCCGGUCAACUGUUCGAAGCUCUUCGUCCCGCGGACGCUCGUUCCCCAGGACACCGACCGCAACUACAUCAUUGGAUUCCGGCGGGAGAACAUCCCACGCAUCGUCCAUCGACGCGUAUCAAUAUGAAUCCUACGAUACGGGCCAGGGUCUAGGCCUGGGCACGAUCGGAGAAGAUGACGGGUUUUACGGGGGCACUCACAACAUCCACAACGUCAAUAGACACAUGGGCGUGAUAAAGCCCGAUAGCCAAAUGGGCUACGAUUACGAUGGCGACUACGUAAGUGGCAUGUACGAUGGAGUCUCGGAUGAUUUGCAGAUGGAGUUGGAACUCGAGGCGAUGCUGGCUGCGAGACGGAAGAAGCUGCUCGCUGAGAAGGCGAGGUCGCCGGUGGUCGCUCCAAAAUGCGCCCUUGAUGCGGAGAUCGAAGCGUAUUUGGCCGAAAGGAAGAAGGCGGCCCAGCCGGUGGAGAAGCAGGAGAGGCUGUUUGAAUUGGAGGGUGAUAUCGCCGGCGGUAACUGGCACGAUGAGAAGAUCCGGUCUUUGCGGACUAAGUACUAGGAUUGAUGAAUUGAAGAUAUGUAUUUAUUCCUAACUGAACAGAGGGUUCUGGCACCGACAGCGAUCUCAUUUCUUUUUGGCAGGUUUCUUUAUGGCGUUUUUUUGGGCAUCUUCUUGGACUGGGUUUUGUUGGAGGGUUUCACCGCGUUUUCUUUUGCAUCUCACAUUUCGCUCUCUUGGAGGGAUGGCCUCUCUUUCUCCCCACUUGUAUUCUAUUCUACCUGUUCGGUAUUGCCUACCUAGCCUAUUCGUGCAAAAUUAUUCG